AUGGAGGAACCAAGGGAGUUGAAGACCAACCAAGAAGAGAUGAGAAAAGCUAAGUUAUGGACGAAUGAAGAUUGGACCAGCCAUCAUGCUUAUUUCAGUCGGACAAACGACUCGGACCAAGGUGCAGGACACGUCUGGGCCGACCCACCUCCCUAUUUCACUCAGACAAGUCAAUCUGACAAAAUGCAGACAAGAGCUACGGCCAUGCUCCAGUCCGUCCAACAUGCACAAACUAGUCAAAUAAAUCACAUAUCCAGCACAAAUUCGGGUUUGACCCGGUGCAUGAGAACAAGGAGCAAAAGCUCGAUACAAGAUUUUGAUCCUUAUCUUGACAUCAACCGAGUUUUGAAGCAAGCAAGGAUAGCAAGAAGAGAGCGUGAACGGUUAGCAAUGGAAGCUAACAAUGACAAUGUGAAUGGCGAAAAACCGCCAAGGAACAAGGAGCUCAACCUAGAGUUCCCCAAUGCGGAUAUGGGAAAGAGGUUCUUAGAGGUCAACAAACAAAUUGAUGGAGUGUACCAAGAGUUGGAUGGUAAGAUCACGAGCCUAGCCGCUCACGUGAAGACUAUUGAUGUGCAACUAGCACAAUUCGCUUCUAGCUCAAAGGGUCCAAUCGGUAUUCUACCAGGUAAAUCCGAAUCCAAUCCCAAGUAUUUUUGGAAUGUUGGUCUCUCGGGAGAGAAGAAGGCCUUAGGAGUUCAUCAAAGACGUAGUGGGAUGUCACAACAAGAGCAAAAUGAAAGAGAUGUGGAAGAGUUAGCUAUGCUUCUUGGUUUUUCUAUUCUUGACGAAGUUGAUAAAUUGGUUGAGACCAAGAGAUUAUCACAUAAAUCUAAGGAGAAAGAAACUCUAAAGGUCAAUAAGGAAGAAGCUAGCGUCCAAGAACCUACUCCACAUGUUGAAUACAUUGUCAAGAAGAAUGAGUUUCCAAAAGAAGUCAUCCCUAAGAAGAAGAAAGUAGAUGAAGCUCUUACAUAUACGCCUCGAAAUACAAACCUCUAG